ACUGUGAGGCGCUUUUAUUAUUUUUCUACUUUGAGAAGGGUUGAGAGUCGUAUAAGUUCUAUUUUGCUCAGUUAUGAGUUAAAUAUGUCUGUGAUUCUCUUAAACCAAUAAAGACUGUUGAAGGGACAAUAGUUUUCUGUGCCUAAUCAUUAGAAUAAAUUGCUAAGAAUUAAUUUUCACUUCAGUAUCUAUUUGAUAGGAUUUCUAAACUUGUCAGUUUUGCUAGGAGCUGCAUUGACUGCCUGGGAAAUUCUGCAGUGAGCCAUGCUGCGGGCGCCUGCGAUCGCGCGCCUCCUGCGGCCGGCGGCGCUGCGGGCCGCGUCAGCCGGCUCUGCCCGCCAGCAGGGCACCCAGCCGGACAAGAUCGAGGUGUUCGUCGAUGGCCAGAGCGUGCUGGUCGACCCGGGCACCACGGUGCUGCAGGCGGCAGCGAUGGUGGGCAUCGAGAUUCCUCGUUUCUGCUACCACGACCGUCUCUCGGUGGCCGGAAACUGCCGCAUGUGUCUGGUCGAGGUGGAGAAGGCCGCCAAGCCUGUGGCCGCCUGCGCCAUGCCCGUGAUGAAGGGCUGGAACAUCAAGACCAACUCUGACAUGACCAAGAAGGCGCGCGAGGGCGUCAUGGAGUUCCUGCUGGUUAACCACCCCCUGGACUGUCCCAUCUGUGAUCAGGGCGGCGAGUGUGACCUGCAGGACCAGAGCAUGGCGUUCGGCUCGGACAAGAGCCGCUUCACAGACAACUCCUUCACCGGCAAACGCGCCGUGGAGGACAAGAACAUCGGUCCGCUGGUGAAGACUAUCAUGACUCGGUGCAUCCACUGCACGCGCUGCAUCCGGUUCGCCUCCGAGGUGGCCGGCGUGGAUGACCUGGGCACCACCGGCCGAGGCGGCGACAUGCAGGUGGGCACGUACGUGGAGAAGAUGCUGAUGUCGGAGAUGUCUGGUAACGUGAUCGACCUGUGCCCGGUCGGCGCGCUCACCUCCAAACCGUACGCGUUCACCGCCCGCCCCUGGGAGACGCGCAAGACGGACAGCAUCGACGUCAUGGACGCCGUCGGCUCCAACAUCGUCGUGUCGACGCGCACCGGCGAGGUGCUGCGCGUCCUGCCCAGGAUGAACGAGGACAUCAACGAGGAGUGGAUUGACGACAAAGCGCGCUUCUCGUACGACGGCCUGAAGCGGCAGCGGCUUGUGGCGCCCAUGCUGAGGAUUGACGGCGAACUGCAGCCCGUUGAGUGGGAGGACGCCCUGGUGGCCACGGCCAAAACGCUGCGUGCGUCAGGCGAGAAGACUGCCGUGGUGGCCGGCGGACUCUGCGACGCCGAGUGUCUGACGGCGGUGAAGGACCUGGUGAACCGGCUCGGCUCCGAGGCGCUCUGCACAGAGGAGACGUUCCCGAACGCCGGCUCCGGCACCGACCUGCGCUCCAACUACCUGCUCAACUCGAAAAUCACAGGUAUCGAGGAGGCCGACCUGGUGCUGCUGAUCGGCGCCAACCCGCGCUACGAGGCGCCGCUGCUCAACGCCCGCAUCAGAAAGUCGUGGAUCAACAACGACCUGCAGGUGGCCGUGGUGGGGCCGCAGCUGGAGCUCAACUAUCCCACCGAGCAACUGGGCGACUCUCUGGACACGGUGCGCCAGCUGCUGUCCGGUCAGCACGCGUUCAGCAGCCGGCUGGCGGCCGCCCAGCAGCCCAUCGUGGUGCUGGGCGCCGCCGCGCUGGCCGGACCCGACGGCGCCCAGCUGCUGGCGCUCACCCAGCAGCUGGCGCAGCAGCUGCGCGCGCGCGCCACCGCCGCGCCCGACGGCUGGCGGGUGCUGAGUGUGCUGCAGCGGGUGGCCUCGCAGGCGGCCGCGCUGGACCUGGGCUACCGGCCGGGCGCGGCGGCGGCGCGCGGCCGACAGGCCAAGGCGCUGCUGCUGCUCGGAGCCGACGAGGGCACCGUGGAGAGGAGCGACCUGGCCGACAACGCCACCGUCAUCUACAUCGGUCACCAUGGCGACGCUGGCGCGGCGUCGGCCGACAUCGUGCUGCCGGGCGCCGCCUACACGGAGAAGCAGGCCACGUACGUGAACACGGAGGGCCGCGCGCAGCAGACGCUGACCGCCGUCACUCCGCCCGGCAUGGCGCGCGAGGACUGGAAGAUCGUCCGCGCCCUCUCAGAGGUGGUGGGCGAGGGACUGCCGUACGACACGCUGGCAGAGCUGCGCCGCCGGAUGACCGAGAUCUCGCCCAACCUCACACGCUACGGGGACGUCGAGGAAACAAACUACUUCGCGCAGGCCGCAGAGCUGGCCAAGAGCGUGUCGGCCCAGUCGAAGGGAACCUCGCCGGUGGCGCCCAGUCUGGUCCGGCUCGAGGACUUCUACAUGACCAACACCAUCUCGCGAGCGUCGCCCACCAUGGCAAAGUGCAUCCAGGCGGUGGCCAAGCAGCGCGAGUCCAAGUAUAACUAGUGAGGUGCGCGCCGCGGAGACUGUGUGAGUGUACAGAGUGCUGCGCCGCCCGGCAGGCACCGGCCGGGGGUGGCAGCGGAACGGCCGCACGGCCGCUGUAGAUAUAAUAUUGUGGACGGGGCGAACUGUGCGGUCAAUAUGUGAAUAUAUGUGUGAGGAGUCGA